AUGUGUGCUGGUUUCAGAAGGUUACCUAGUCCUGCCUUAUCUCUGCCCGUCUCCCGCCCAUCGACCCCAUCCUUCUUUGAAUCCAACAACUCCCGACUAUACGUCCCUGGACGCAGUCCGAUUCGAAGGGCAAUCCACGUUCAGAGCACUGCGAAACGGUUCCAGCUCGAUGCCAAGGACUCUCCUGUUACUGUAUACCGAAGCUACUCCAAACAUCCCUCACCACGUGCGCCAGAUGGGCCUGAGCCGACUUACUCCAAGCUAGUCAGCGGUUAUCAAAUUUAUCAUCACUCGACCCCCUUCAAGCUCGAUUACGGCCACAGCUUACCGAGCUUCGACUUGGCUUACGAAGUCUGGGGCAAGCUAUCGGACGAUAAGGAUAACGUGAUCCUCCUCCACACCGGUCUGUCAGCUAGUAGUCACGCGAAGAGUCACCAAGAAAAUCGGAAAUCCAGGAAUGUGGGGAAAAUUCCAUUGGCCACGGCCCAAGCUAUCCGAUCGACCUCGACCGUUACUUUGUGA